AUGGAACGAGGAAGGCAUUCAUCCUCCUUCGAUAGUUCCGUUUGGAUAUCGACACUAUCACCAGAUACAGUCAAUUAUUAUAUCAUGUAUGCAGAUACAUUGAUAGAACAAUGCGAAGAACCAAUCUUCGAAGUAUCUAUCAUAAAAUUCAAAGAUUUUGUCGAAAAAGAAUAUCAAAUUCGAUACGAAGCGUGCGAAGAGCAAGAAUUUCUUAAUAAUAUAUUCGAAGAACUCUUCGUCAAAAAUUCAGAAAGAAUUAAAACUCUUACGACAUUAAAACUAUGCGAAGCAAUUAUAGAAAUCGAUUUAGGCAGUAAAGUAACGAAGGCUAGCCGUAUUGCACAAGAAAUUGGAACUUUAAAACCAACAGAUGAUCCAAAAGUCUUUAACUCUCUUAGAAACAUUUUACGAUGGAUGAAUAAAAUUCUUAGGGUAUCUAUACAGUUAGUUAUUGAGCCAUUGAUCGAUUCAAUUUGGCAUUGGAAUGAUUCUAACGAUAGAGUUGCUCUUCUUGGCUCAUUUAUGCUAUUCUCUUUGCUCUAUGAAUUAUUUCCAUUUUGCUUCGCUUCUCAUGCAAGAAACAUUGUCGAAACUUUUAUUCACGGAAUACAAACAGAAUUUGAAGACGUAAGAUCAUACGCGCAACAAUCUCUUCAGCUGUUAAAGAAGGAUACGAUAUCAGGCGAAAAAUGCAUUAAUUUAUUGGUUACUUACAUUCAUAAAGUUGUAUGCGAAGCUCAUCCAGAAGAAAUAUACGCAUUGCACGAAUUUAUCGAUAUACUGUAUUCUUUCAAGCCAGAAAAUCAAUUUUUCGUUGAAUCAAAAGAAUUACCUUUUAAUUUCCUCAAAAGCACGGAUAAAAUACAGAGACUAGCUGGAUUAAUACAAACAACGUUCAUGCUUGGCAUCGAACCUAAUUAUUAUAAUUCUUUUACUUACGAAAAGGUAUUAAAUUGCAUUUUACCAAUGCUUAAGAAAAGAUCGCUGGUACAAGGCCAGGGAAGUAUUUUCUUAGGAAAGAUCGUAUUCCAAAGGGAAGGGAAGUUUUCUGAAUCCGAGAAAACGAUUUUGAAUUCAAUGAAGCCAUUUAUCUUCAAAUUUCUGAGCUGUCCUCCAUGCGCUUUUGCUUAUCUAUCGUUACUUACUACGAACAUCAAAAAGUUCAGGAAAAAUCUUUUAGAAAUUUUCAAAUUAUCGAUUUCCUCUUUAAUGAUCGACGGACUUAUCGAAUUAACUCAAAUAUUUCCAACAGAAACAGAGUUUAUCCAUCAACAAUUCAUCCAAUACGCAAACGGAAUCUUAUUUAAUCGAAAUUACACUCCACAACAGAUUAUUCUCAUUUUUGACGCACUCUCCAGGCUCGAUAUGGAGAAAGUACUACCUCUAGAACUCAUUUUACAAUAUUCAAUGUUUAUGAUGAAUCCAAAUCUCGAAAUCAGGACACAAGCGGCCAAUUUCAUUAUCAAAUGCCAUAACUACAAUCCAACAGAAGACACAGCAAUAAGAAUUAUUACUUCAAUUUCAAGAGAAAAUGAUCAUAAGUUAUGUCAGAGAAUGAUUACACAAAUGGUGAAACUUCCUGUCGCCCAAUCGAUACUACCUUGCUUACAGACCUUGUUCGUCAUCAGUUCCAAGCGAGUUAAGACAGAAGUUUUCAAUUAUUGUGUAAAAUUUAUUGAAAAUCCAGCCGGAUUGAUACUUUUGAACGAGUAUUUAUCAGAAGAAUUGAAUAAUCUACAGAAUGAAGGCUCUGAUCGUAAGAAAAUCGCUACAACAUUUUUAUCUUUAUUUGAUUUGACGAAAAACGAAGAUCCUGUUGUUUCAAAGAACGCCAAGAUGAUACUUAUGCCAUUCUUAGACCAUUUAUAUGAUAUUUUAUGCUCAAUCCAAGGAAAAAUCAACAAUUACGAAUUAAGAAUCCUAACUUACAUAAUUCAGCUUUCUCCACAGAAUUUAGACAUUGACAGACUCACACCAAUACUCAAGGAGUGCAUAAAUGUCUCUUAUUCGAUAAAACACCUCACAAUUGGAUUGAAAUUAAUUUAUACAAUUUUAUUUUACACGGGAAUGAAAGAUUCAAUAUCUUCACGUGAUAUACUCCCUCAAUUGAUAUCAAUUUCAAUGAUGUCCACUACAACUUCCGAAAUUCACUAUUUAUUAUUGAAAAUUUUCUCUUUGUAUGGACCAAUUGCCCCUAAUAUCAUUAACUCUAUCUCAAACACUAACAUGGAGCAGCGUCUUCGUAAGGAAUUGUCUCCUUUUAAGUACGUUGCCUCUUCAUCUGAAACAGAUCCAUUAGAAUCUAUUGUAGACGCUUCAUUUUCGAUCGCUAUAACAUGUAUCGUCAAUCUUUUGUCCGAUGAAUCCCUUGUAACAUUGCAUUCUCCAAGUAUUGAAGCAUUAAUGACAAUACUCAAGUCAGGACACAAAUUUUCGGAUUACGCAAAGGACCAAUUGAUCAAUUGCGUUGAAAAUACUAUAUUACAUUCAAACUUAACGACAAUUUCAAUUUUUAUUUCAAAUAUCUCAAUUAUUUCUAAUGCUUUGAAGGAUUCUUUCAAGUCAGUUAUUCCUGUUUUGGUCAAAUUCAUCUGUCAGAGAUGGAAACAAAUCGAUUCUUUACAACUUAUUCAAUUAUUUCAUAUAAUGAUGCAAAAUUACAGAGAAACAGUCACACCAUUCAUUCCUUCAAUCGCAGAUCUCUUUGUCGACGAGUUUGACAACAAAUCUCCAUUGAUUAUUCAAAGAAUUGUUGAUAUUAUUUUAUCAUUCGGUCCUUCUGUUAAUGAUGUCGCUCAUAUUGUGUUCCCACCCAUCUUAACAUGGCUAUACAAUAACGCAACAGACACAAAAUCAUGCAAUUACGUUCUCCAAGAUAUAGUUUAUAUUUUAAUCGACAGUCAUUGCGAAUCCUACAAUGCAAUGAUCAUCCAAACCCUUAUAAACAUUGCCAGUGUCAAUCCUGCCCUCAAAGACAAGUCCAUUCUCGUAUUAGUGGCAAUUGCCAUAAACGUUGGCCGUCAGUUUUUACUUUACAUUCCAGCUUUACAUGACACUUUUGACAUACGAUCAAAUCCUGUCAUGAUGAAAAUUUUACCAUAUUUAGAAGAAGGAUUUGAGUAUACACAAGAUAUUCUCAAUUUUGGUAAAGCUUCUACGCGAAAAACUUUGAAUGCGAACCCAACUAUGUUUAGAGAGUUCGCAAUGACUAAAUCCUUUUCGCAGAGUAACUACCAAGUCAUCCUCAAGCUCCCUUCCACACAGUUCUCAGAGAAUGACUGGACAUCUUGGAGUAAUGACACAUUUAUGAGAAUCGUUCACGCAUCAGUCUCAGAAGCUAUCACAGCAUGCGAGAUACUCAUCCAGAAGUAUCCUCCCCUAAGAGAAGUCUUCUUCUCCCUCUCAAUCGCUAUGAAUUACGUAAAGGAAAUGGAUGAAAAAGUGACAACCAUGUCAACCGUCCUUAAAACAUUUUUUGCAUCAGAAACAACUCCUCAAUCUCUAAGCUCUAUUUUCCUUUCGGCUGUCGAAAUUAUAGAAGUUGCCGGGUUAUAUAUCCCGGUUCCGCUAAAUUUAGUGUCAAAUCAAGCUAUAAAAGCCGGUAGAUUCAGCCAAGGUUUGAGAGCAUUGGAGAAACUGUACGAAAAUGGCGAUAGAGAAGUCCUAGGCCAAUUAAUGAGAUAUAAUAGAAUUUUAUCUCAUCCAUUCACGUAUUAUAACGAGAGUAAUCAAACGCUUGAUAUUGAUAACCUCAAGAAAUGGUCGAAAGAGUCGAAUUCUUCUGAUAAUUUCACUCUUCACGACUUAAGCGACUCGGAUAACAUCUUUUCCAUCAAGAAUCCACACUUAUUCUCCCAAUUGAAGUUCAAGGAGCUCCUCGAGUCCACUCCAAAGGACUCAGUUCACCACGCGAGCGCUCUUUGGGGACUUUUCGAGAUGGAAGAUUUUGCAAAAACCGCCAAAAAAUUACAAACCGAUGAUAUCGAUAGUUUGUUUUACAGAGCUGUUUAUUGUGUCCUUCAAGAACAAACAGCCAAAGCAAAAGAAAUUAUCGAAAGAGUACAACACGCCUGUGCAGACAAAAUUAUUCCAACUUUGUUCCAUGAUUACAACCGUGGUUUCCACAAUUUCUCUCUUCUUACGAGGUUCUCUGAACUUGAAGAGAUCAUCUACUACCACGAACUCGAACAACUCAGGUUUAAUUCCCCUGAACUCAAAUCAAAAUUGGACCCAUUCAUGAAAAUGAUCGUAAAUAAGUGGCAAAACCGUUUUAAUUAUUAUGCGGAAGAUUUGAAUGUUUUACAGACGAGUUUACAGAUCCAUUCAUUGAUAUUCAAAGACGAGGACACACAUCUACAAUGGAAGAGAUUGUUACAAAGUUCUUUGGACCAAAAAUACAUAGAAUAUUGUGAAAAUCUUUUGCCAAAAUUGGUGACGGUUUUGACACCAACAGAAGACAGUUUUUACUGUGCACAAGUGAACUACGCCAAAGAUAACAACAUAAAGUACAAUGAUAUCGACUUGAGCCAAGAAACAGAUCCGACAGUCAUCUCUUCCGUUGAAAGUAAAAUCGGAGGAUGGUUGGUGAAAAGUGGCAGAAUUACUGAAGGAAGACAACAUAUUUUCCACGCGAAAAACGUGAACCAAAACGAUCCAUUGAUCUGGAAACAGUGGGCCAUGGUAAAUAACUUAAUUUAUUUAUCAUAUCACGAUGAAGAAGCGAACUACAACUCUUUCGAAGCGAGUUUGAAAGGUUUGGAAUUGACAAGAGAUGAUCAUGUGAGUUUUUUGUUGAGAAUACAGAAUAUUCUGUUCAAAGACAGUGAUGACAAAAUCUACAAGACAUUUAUUGAUCAUUAUAAGAAUAUACAAACACAUAAAUGGUUGAUAAUUCUCCAACAAAUGAUUGUUCACUCGAAUUCUGACAAUGAAAAUCUAAAAUGCAUCAUUGAGAACUUAUUGAUUGAUUGCAGUAAUAAACAUCCACACGCAAUACUCCAGGCAAUCAUUUCGUACGUCUUGAAUCUCGAAAAAGCAAAUAAAUUGUUGAAAACGGUUUACGAUCAUAUUUCCUUCAAUUUUCCGGAAUUGACGAGAGAUACAUUUAUGAUGUGCAAGGAAUUCGGAAAGAUGGCAAUCGUGUGGGCAGAGAAAUACCAGAGAUUGACAAAUACGAUUUUGGAAUCUUACGCAAAUAAAAAUUUGGAAAAGUGCCAGAAAAAAUUGAAAAAGGUUUUCAAUUUUCUCGACAAAAAACCACAAAACUUUUACGAGGUUAGUUUCAUUCGUAACUUCGGACAUCAACUGAUGCAAUCCCGUAAUUGGAUGGAGAAUUAUUUGGAGUCAAAAGACCAAAUGCAUUUUGAAAAUGUCAUUUCGUCACUUUUAUUCGAUGACAAACAAUUGGAUAAGAGUAUUCCACUUCCUCGUUGUGUUAUGUUGAAAGAUUUCAGUAAAUACUUGGAUUCUGCUGUUGAUCUGCACAUGGUCAUGCCUGGAACAUAUGAUCCAGAGAAGAAUAAUUCGAAUGAAUACAUUCAGUCAAUUUCGAAAGAAGUUGCAAUUUUGAACAACAAAAACAGAAGAAGAUUGUUGAAUUUCGUGUCAAAUACAGGUCGCCAUCACUUGUAUUCUCUUGGUAAUGAUGUUUGCCCGAGAUUGGACGUAAACAUCAUGCACUUGUUUAAUUUGAUAAAUUCAAUAAUCGACCAUUCAACGACGGUUUUUUCAACAAAAGUUUCAAUGACAACUUUUCAUGUUUUGCCAAUUAAGAAGAGGAUUGGAUUGAUUGGAUGGAUUCCGCAAUCAGAAACACUCCUUAGAGCUGUCUCUACAUUCAGGCAGAGACACAACAUCAAAGUUAACACGGAAUACUUGAAAUACCUCAAAAGAUUGAACAAAAUUGAUGAUUUCGAAGAAACAAAAAGUGACAAUGAAAGUAAGAAACUUAAAAAGAAUUCAGCAACGAAUUCUUCAUCUGUUUUCGAUCCAAGAGGCUUCAUGACAAGAUCUCAAUCACAAAAUUUGUUGAAGGUUUCUAAACAAAAAGUGACAGAAGACGAUACAAUUAUCAAACUUGAGCGAAAGAUUUGUUACGAGGAUAUCUCUGAUGAAGACAAAUUAUAUGCGUUUAAUGAAAGUAUGAAAACAACAAAAGGUGACGAUGUCAAAAAACUUUUGUUGAUAAACGCGAAUUCUUCGAAAGAUUGGAUCACGAGAAGAGUUGAAUUCACUGUUUCCCUUGCUAUUGGCUCUGUUGUUGGCUACGUCAUCUUCCUUGGAAACAGAAAUCCAAGUAAUAUCCUGAUGAACAUCAAUUCCGCGAGAAUUUCUCACAUCAAUUUCAGUUCCGCUCUUUCUACGAUAAAAGAAGAAAUUUGUGCGGACAGCGGAAAGCAGAUGCCAUUUAGAUUGACAAGAAUGUUCAUUAAUGCAUUGGAAUUGUCUAAAACAGAAGGAUCUUUCCAACAUAUCAGUGAAGCAAUUCUUUCUUUGCUUCAGCAAAACAAAGAAGAUAUUUUGUCAAUUUUGGAAAUUUUUGUAAAAGAUCCAAGUUUGAUCUCAAGGAAAUCAGGAACAAACAUCGAGGAAUACAUAUCCGGCGUAGAGAAGAAGUUAGAUGGCUAUGAAUACCCAAGUAAGAAGAAGCUUUCCGUAACAAGCCAAAUUAACAAAUUAAUUAGACAGGCAACAAAUACAAAGAACAUCUGUUCGAUGCCAAAAUAUUGGAAUCCUUGGUGGUAA